UGCCGAGAUUAAUGUUAUUUUGAAAGAAAAUAAUUGGGACGUACAUUGACAAAGCGACACGUAUAGAAAAGCCUGAACAGAGCAGCCUUUUUAACUUAAUUAUCUUUCCAAUGAAAUCAUUUAUAAUAGUCUAAAUUUUAGCUUAGAUGGCUCUUCCCCAUACCUGUAAAAUUUGCCUUAACAAUUUUGCCAUCCAACAUACCAAUUCUCUAGUGCUGUCUUGCUCUCAUCCCAUUUGUGAGCAUUGUAUUAAGUCAAUCUGUAUUGAUCAAUCAGUUAUUUGCCCAGUUUGUUGGAAAAUGACCCAGUUGCCAAAUAACACAGGAAAUCCACUUUCUUCAAGUAACAGAAACAGUCUUCCAGCUCUAACAAGCUCAACAACAAUGCUUGGCAAAAAUUUGGCUUCAAGGCAUGUUCCGAUUCAGUUGGAGAAGAGAAUAAGAAAUAAAAAAGAGGAAACUCUGGUAAUAAGCAUUAAGAAUGGGGAUUAUAGGGUUCAGGGGUUGAGGGAGAUGUCAGACAAAAAAAUUGAGGAAAAAAAGGAAGAAAAUUUGAAGACCUUUUGCAAAGCAGUAAUCAAUCAUGAAAAUAGUGAUCUUUUCAAGCAAGAGGAAGACCCAGUUAAAAUAGAAAUAGUAAAUGGCAAACCUAGACCUAAGGUUCCACAACAGUAUGAUCUGCCUUUCAACACCCAAAAAGAGCUGAAUCCUCCCAAAUCUGAUUUCAAAAUCAAGCCAAAAAUUCACUAUGGAGAAAAAGGAGUAGCUGAAGUGAAAACUCUAUGUACCCGAAAAAGGUGAUAACUUAAGUUCCACCAAGAACAUGUCAACUGAAGAACCCAAAAUUGAAAACAAUAAAGGCUCUAAUCAACUAAUCACUGUUCUGGCCCUUGAGAAAAAGAACUUUUUCAUACCAAAAUUUGGUACCAAUACAACUCUAUCGGAACACUAUCGAGUGAGAAUUAUGGCGGUCUUUGAUCCACAUAGGCUGUACAUCCAAAUCCUAGAUGAUGAUCUUAGACGUCUGGGUUUGCUCAGCAAACAAUUACAGCUGCAAUUCAAACCACUUUCAUUGAUCGCCUUGAAAAUUUCAGCAAUUAAAAAUCCAACUAAAGGCUGUGCCUGCGCUGUUCUGUAUGAUGGGGUUUGGCAACGAGGAAUGGUGAAAAGACAGAUUAGGUCUAAGACUACCCUACAAAAUGUUGAAGUAAUGCUAAUUGAUACCGGCUUUUGCUGUCGAGUGCCAUCCCAACAUAUCCAGCCUCUUCACACAACUCAUCAAGAACUACCAGCACAAGCUUUACGUUGUAAACUCGGCGAUAUUCUUCGUUUUGAAAUGAAGGAUAACAGUAACCAACCUCUGGAAAACAUGGACCACUACUGGCCCUCUCAUAUCUUGGAUUUGAUCAAAACAAAAGUAAACAAAAUGGCGGAAAUUUUCGUACUUGAUUUUGUUUCUGGCGGUGUCGGAGGCACGUCCACAACUUGCGAGGCUACAUUAUUGGUUAAGAUGGUCGUUAACGGCGAGCUCACGAGCGUCAACGAGCAGAUUGAUUCUGCUCUGACCGCUGAAGCUCUUUCAGCCAAGAGUAAACACCAGAGCAAUACAUUGGUUCUACAAACUGUUACUAGUGUUCCUGCAAACACCCGGAGGAGAAGAGCCAAAAAACCUAAUCAAAUUCCAGUCCCUGUGAAGCAUUUUGACCCACCUACGAACUCCAAAGUCUGCAAUGACAUUCGCGUAACAGUAAGGACGGCUUCUCCGUCAGGAAGCACUUGCAAUAACUCCAAUCCAUCCUCGUCGAUAAGUCGUCACUCAGACACUAGCUGUCGCAAGAAAGCAGAUGCAGAACACAAAAGCCCAACAUUACGUAUGGGCGUGUGGAUUUACUCAGAUCCUAAAACAACGUUGCCUCAUUGCUUCGAUGGUGUCGUCACUUGGGUUGACGACAAUGGUGGAUUGUACGUGCACAAUUUGAAAUGGUCGAAACAGUUGGCCCUCAUUCGCGACACACUGAAUGCGACCUUCAAUCAGUCUGAGCCCAUUGAAGGUGAUGUUCGAUGUCAACCGGAGGAUCCUUGUCUAGCUAAGUAUGAAGGCAAUUGGUAUCGUGCCAUUAUCAGAGCCGUCAACAAGCAACAAAACACUGCAACGGUGUUUUUCGUUGAUUACGGUGCAACAGUAGAUGUUGAACUAUGUCACAUUCGAGUUGACGCGGUGUUGAAUAAGAUACCAGUUCAGACCUUCCGCUGCUCCUUACACAACCUCAUGCCUAUGGCGACAGAGAAAUUUGAUGUUAAUGCCACCUGGUCGAAUGCUGUGAUCGGCUAUUUCCACGCUAAAGCAGUCAAUCAAGAAUUUAGGAUGAGCGUCAAGUGCUAUUCCCCACUGCGCAUUGCAAUGCGAUUUCUUAAGAAGGCAACGGACUUGACUGAUUUUAUGGUAACAGCUCAUUUGGGCGAGUACAUCAAUCAGUCGUGAACGCGAAAUCAAGGAAACGCUAGGAAAAGUUCACACGUAUUCGUGAGCUAUACGUUCUAAUUUUAGAGAUAUAUUGUUUAAGCCCUUCAUGAAAGUAAUCCAAGUCAUUCUUGUGUUCCUUUUUUUGUCGCAUUUUAUUUUGCCAAUCCCAUUUGAUGGUUAAAGUCUUAUUUCCUAAUGUUUUAGUUAUUUUGCGAACUAUUUCCACUUAAGUUUUUUGUCAACUAACAUGUAUGACUAUCCAGAAGUAAUCAUUCGGGCAUAUGGAAGCUACUCUUGAACGUAUCCAUGUUAUUCACCUUCCAAGUAUUUGGCUUUCACGGUGCUUACCAAUGACUUCCAGAGAAAAAUGUAAUAACGCUUUGGUUUUAGUAGAAUUGAAAUACAAGCUAACUGAAACAGGAA